AUGAAGUCUAACAGGCUCACACGCACCGUCUCCAACAUAUCGAACCUGUCCAAGUCUAGCAAGAACGGCAGCAAGAACGGGAGCAAGGCCAACAGUAAGGUCAAUAGCGCCGCUACCAGCAGAGCCGGUACUCCCGACGGUGAAUAUGAAAAUCCACUGGAGAACAUCGCUCGUUGGCGCCUGACCGCCAACGCGGUCGCACUGCGCUCCGGGGCCGCCUUUGCCUUCGGGCUGCAGAACCUGUCCGCUCCCGUUCCUCCCGCUGCAAAUAGGAUCAUCUGGCUAGACUCAACAUUGUCAGAAUGGUCUGGUCCAGAGAAGAUCAGGGUCGAUGUCUACCUUCCUCCUCACACGAAGGCUGGCAAGGCCACCGGGAACUUCCCUGCCGUCGUCAACUUUCAUGGCGGAGGCUUCAUCCUGGGACAAGGAACCGAUGACGCCCGAUGGGCCGGCGCCGUAGCUUCGGCACUCAACGCCGUCGUCUUCUCCGUCAGCUACCGUCUGGCUCCGGGCUUUCCCUUCCCUACCCCGGUGGAGGAUGCUGCCGACUCCAUCUUGCAGAUCGUUGCACGUGCAGAUGAGUUCCUCCUCGACAAAUCCAAAGUCUUCGUGUCGGGUUUUUCGGCCGGAGGCACGUUGGCCCUCGCCAGUUGGAACCUCCUGCAAGAGCCAGAGAGGUGGGGUUAUGAGCUUAAAAUCCCGGUCCCCGAAAUUUCCGGGAUCGUGCUCUUCUAUCCGCUCCUCGAUUGGACAAUCACGAGGCCAAUGAAGCGCGAGACAUGUGGCAGGCCAGACAUGACUCUGCCAAAGGGCAUGACCGAUCUCUUUGACGCAUCCUAUGUCUACCCUCCUCGGCCCAGGUCUGAGCGCGACGAUCCGCGGCUUUCCCCGGGACUGAUGUCAGACGAGAUGAUAGACCGGCUCCCACCCAUUCACCUAUGCAUGUGCGAAUACGAUAUGCUGCUAUUGGAGGGACAGAAGUUUGCUGAAAGGGUUCAGACCCGUGGAGGCCGGAUCAGCACUCGCGUGGUCGACACAGAAAAGCAUGCAUGGGAUAAGCCGCCACCAUUUACACCAAAAGAGAGUGUCAUGGUGGAGUAUCACAAGGCCAUUGACGCCCUUAGAGGAUGGCUUGGCUUAGGCGCUUUAGAAAGCGAUGAAAUAUUCGAUGGGACGAUACCAAGGAUAGAGAUUACUAACGACAGCGAAGACAGUACAUGA